UGCAAAGCUAAUCGCCCAACAUAAAAGAUGAUGGAAUCGACCUUUGUUUUGGAAAUGUAUAGGUUCUUUUAUUUUUUUUAUUUUUUAUUCCCUAAAAUGUAUGGGUCUUUAUGCUAUAGAAAUUAACAACUGAUUCAUGCUGCAAACACUUUUUUCCAGAGCUCUGUCUGAGCUCUACUUUUGCUUGACACCAUAUGCAGCUCAAUUGCAAACUAAACAGAAUUUUAAUUUAUAAGUUUUAUAAUGACCAGGGUUACUGUGUACUUUUUUAAUUUGUCUUCUGGCACAGGAAAGAAUGAUCAUCAGUUCCUGAACUGGGAAACCCGCUUCCAAAUAAUUCUUGGUAUUGCUCGAGGAUUGCAAUAUCUGCAUGAGGAUUCACACCUCAGAAUCGUUCACAGAGAUAUCAAAGCUAGCAACAUUCUUCUAGAUGAUAAAUUUCAACCGAAGAUUGGAGAUUUUGGCCUGGCCAGGUUCUUUCCUGAAGACCAGGUUUACUUGAGCACUAAUUUUGCUGGGACAUUGGGCUAUACAGCACCUGAAUAUGCCAUUAGAGGAGAAUUGUCUGAAAAAGCUGACAUAUAUAGCUUUGGAGUUCUGGUGCUAGAGAUUAUUAGUUGUCGAAAAAACACUGAUCUUAACUUACCAUCAGAAAUGCAAUACCUCCCCGAAUAUGCAUGGAAGCUCUAUGAGAGGUCAUCUGUGAUUGAUCUAGUAGAUCCAAAAAUGCGAGAAGAUGGUUUUGUGGAGAAGGAUGUUUUGCGAGCAAUCCAUGCUGCCUUCUUAUGCCUUCAGCCUCAUGCAAACCUAAGACCGCCUAUGUCAGAGAUUGUAGCUAUUUUAACACGCAAAGGUGAAAUGAUUAGAACACCAAUGAAACCAGCCUUCACGGAUCGUCGGAGGAGGAAGGAUGAGAAACUUUCUUGGGAUACUAUAUCAGAGGCUUUCCCUUCCCCACUAAAGAGUGAUUCCCCUUCCUUGCCUCAAUCUUCACACUAAUUAAGGAUGGUUUCAUAUCAUAUUAUAUAAAUCUUUCUAUACAAAACCAUGAAUUCGAUACACUGUUCCUUUGUUGCAUUUUUUGUAAAAUUUUGUAAAAUAGUUUCAGUUUGGUGUUUUUUAAUUUUAUAUUCCAACAUUUUUACUGAGACAUGGAAACAUGUACCGGUAUCAGUUGCAGGAUGGUUAAUAGUUCAGUAGCUGCAGCCUUGUGAGAUCAUACGUUUGUUAAGUCAAUACUUUAUGGGUUUUUGUUUUUUUGAA